AUGGCAGUUUGCGAUCCGUGUUAUAAUCUGAUGCACGAUGAUGAAGAGUAUCGCUUCAUCUACCACAACGACCGCGUCUAUGCGUUUCGUGAGUGGCUCCAAUGCAACAAAGACUUUACGACAGAUGCUUUACCACGACUCCGUGGACUCAUACAUGCAUCCUGGAAGUCAUUCUGCGAAUCUCUUGACAAGUAUUGUCAAAUCUGUUGGGUUGUGUGGCAUCACAUCAGAGACUCGCCCAUGACCUCCUACCGUGAUCAAACCCACCAAGGGUUCCUGUUAUGGCUUGACGACGGGUAUUUCAAGACCUGGGAAUCUGGUGUUUGGGAACUAAAAUGUUCUGUGAAGUUACAGGACUCGGACAAGAUUGAGCUGACGUUUGGAAGAACUACAAAGCAACAAUAUGAGGACAAACUGGCCCAGGCUCCUCUGGAAGAGCAUACGGGUUCUGAAACAGCACUCAAUACUGUCAAAGGGUGGCUCUCCAAUUGCGACGAAGGCCAUUCCAAAGGCCAUGCAUGUGUCCAAGAAAUGCGUGCUCUGAACAACCCGACAGUACCAACCAGACUCAUUGACCUUCAUGGGCAUGACCCCCAAACCUGGUCCCUGAUCGAAACAAAAAACGACCCUAGCUUUUCCAAAUAUGUCGCAUUGUCGUAUCGCUGGAUGGGACACACACCCCGGCUUCUCAAAGACAACUUCGUCUCUUUCAAGACAGGUCAACCCGACAAAGUUGUGCCGCGCAACUACCAAGACGUCUUUGUUCUCUGUCGCAGACUAGACAUCCGGUAUGUUUGGAUUGACUCACUCUGCAUCUUCCAAGACUCAGCAGAAGAUUUCCUUUGCGAAGCCUCUACCAUGACGGAAGUAUACCCGAAUGCCUUUUGUACCUUGAGCGUGUGUUGGGAACCUCCUGAAGGGUUUCUUCGCCCCCGAGACUCUCGCGAGAUUCCUAUAAUCGGCCAUUCAACCGAUGAUUCGCGCAAAUGGUCGGAUCGAUAUGUUUUCGUACUUCAAGAGCAGCUUUUGUCGUCUAGAGUUCUCUUCUUGGGAAAUGACCAGUUUUACUGGGAGUGUGACGGAGGAGUGUUUUCCGAGAUCGAGCCUGUUCACCUUCACCCGACAACAGGUGACUAUAGGCGAAAGACUGCCGUUGUCGAUGGGAGGAAUAAACUCGACACGUGGUAUAGCUUUGUGGACCAGUUUAUGAGACUUGGGCUGUCUUUCGAAAGAGAUAGAUUGCUAGCUAUAUCUGGCAUCGCAAGAUUCCUGUUUAGUCUCGGAGACAAGAGACUACCUGAUGGAAGCUACGCUAUCAUCGAUCCCAAAAUUGAGCGCAAGUUUGGGCAAAGUGUUGAGUACUUUGCAGGCCUGAAUAGGACCCAUUGGAUCGCGCAUCUUCUUUGGUAUCCAGAUCUCGGCGGGUGUACGGCAAUGAAGUCUGCGUCGACUUUGCGCCAAGAGCCGGACCCAGAGUCUUUCAAGCGCUGUCCAGAUGAUUCUGAUCCCUCGUGGUCCUGGGCUGCCUGUCCAGGGCCUCUCCAGUGGACGUUUCUCAACUACAACCGACCACGAACUGGAGAAGUCCCAAAGCGCGAUGGAGAACCUCUGGCGUGUCUACGCAAGAACCACUUUGAGCCACUGGGAAGUGAUGCUUACGGCCUGCCCAAAUCGGCGUCGCUGGAUAUAUCCUGUCUCCUCAUCCAAGCCAUGUAUACGGAGUUUGACGGUCCUGAAGACGUGCAGAAAAGGCUAGAGAAAUCUGUUGAUCACAUUAAGGAUAAGUGUUUCGAAUGGUACACAGAUGGCUUCAUCCUUCCACUACCGUACCCCCGUCGUCACAGCGAUGAGCAAUCCGUUAUCGCCGUUCCCUUCGAACCAUGCGACAGCUUCACAGCAACAUGCUUUGUCAUGCCGCUGUACGAGAACAGAGGGUUUGAUAGCCCAAUGAUGACGGGCUUGGUAGUGCAAGAGAAACCACGAGCCGACGGUACAGCGAAAGAGUUUGUGCGUAUCGGGAGCUUUACGCAGUAUCACUACCCCAAAGACCGCGCGAAAGACCGGAGGUCAAUGGGAGUUAUAAACACUUUGCUAAAGAACAUUCCCAUUGAUGGUGGUGAGUUUGAACAGAAGUUGCGUGAGCAUGCGCAAGAGUGGAAAGAAGAUGAGAGUCUUGGUACGAUGUUAUCUUGGGCUGUUUGUCAAGCCGAACAAGCCCCUUCAACCUGUUGCUUGUGA